AUGGAUCGGCUCCGUUUGGGAUCCUUCAGCAAAGGGGACAACAUGACUCGACGAAGUAUGUCCCACGUUCUGACAGGACCGCCGACCGUGCUCGAAGCGCCGUCGGAAACUGGACACAAUAUCCAGCAGUCGGCACGGUGUGUCAUUGUGCAGCGAGACGAACGAGGUUACGGCCUCACGGUUCUGGGCGACAACCCGGUUUUCGUACAGGAGGUCACUGCCGGGGGCGCCGCCGCCCGCGCCGGCGUUCAGGUCGGCGAUCGUAUUCUCAAAGUGAACGGAACCCUGGUGACGAGCGCCAACCAUCAAGAAGUCGUCCAGAUGAUCCGGAGCGGUCAGUAUGUGGCUCUGACGCUGAUCGGGCCCAGUCCGGGACAGCAUCCUCCGACCCAACAGCGCUCGCUCCCGGCGUUGAGUCGCGGGACGAGUUUCAUUCAAGGCAGUUUGACGCCGAACCAGACGAAGAGCGCGAAGAGAGACGACGGACGCACAGACCACAUUACGGCCCCGCAGCCGGUCGAUGCCGAUAUCAUGGCUCAGUGUAACAAUACCACCUUGCAGACGUAUCAGAAAAUGCUGAGCGAGUCCCUUCGCCAGAAACAGCAGCUCCAGCUGAAGCUCGGCGCCGACGCGACAGCCGACUCGAAUCUUCGCAGCGACCUCGAGAACGUUCAACGCACAAUUGACAAACUCAAAAAGCAGAUGGAGCACGUGAGACACGGCUCCAAAAUCGCGACCACUCCUCCGCCGCUGGGGUCGAGGGAGGCCACUCCCGAUAUUGCGAAACAGCCGCCCCGACGGUCGAAGGGCGCAGCCAUUUGUCCGAAAAUGGCGAGCUCGGCGUCCAUGGAGAACAUCACCUCUCCCUCAGGAACUCCUCCGACGGUGUCGUCGCUCUCGACGCCGACCCGUGGAAAUCGGCUGGGCAACCACCAACGGCAGCGCUCAUCGCCCGACUCCCUCAUCUACAGAAGCCCCAAUGAAGAGGCGGCGCUGUGGCCCACCAGCCCCACGUCCGACAGCCUCGCGAAGCCUCCAACUGGGGAGUCUGCAGAUAUUGGGGGAGCCCCGAACGAGGCGUUCGAGUUCGACGACGACGACAGCUCGCCCCUGCUCCAACAGCAGCAGUACGGCCACACGAAGCCCAUGGCCAACCGACCCCUGCCCCCGUUGCCAUCGCUCCUCGGCGGCCAGGACAUUCCCGAAUCGAGGGGAUCGUUCGAGCACCAGGACUCGGCCGAGAGCGAGGCCGGCAUCUGUCUGCUGGUCGACCAGACACCGUCGACGUACGACGAGGGCGGGGCCGUGAACCUCGGUGAAUCGCUUCUGAAAGGCUGGAAAAUGCUCCGACAGCCGGUCGAGGUCGCCAUGUUCCUACAUUAUCUGCUCCAGAACAACAUCAAUCCAGCCCCGUUCCUCUUCUUCGUCAUCGUCGAACAGUACAAGAGCGGCAAACCCCAGGACAUGUGCAAGUGGGCCUACGAGAUAACUUCAACGUUUCUAGCUCCGAACGCUCCGCUGUGCAUCGAUCCUGGGCUCGACGACGACGUUCUGCAGACGAUCGACGCCUACAUGAGACUGGUGGACGAGAAUCUCCAGGUGAACGAGUUGGAACUCCGCGACAUUUUCGGUCGAGCUCGCAUGACGGCCACCAGUCACCUCAAGCCGCAAUUGGAGGAGUUCCAGCGCGAGAUCGAAUCGAAAACCGUCGACUACAGUCAGAGCAUGAUCGACUCGAGCGGUGGCGAUUCAAACGCGGAUAUCCUCAAACAUUGGGAGACGGUCCUGCUCACCUCGUGUCGGUCCCUGUUCCCCCUCCAGGACCCGGUGGAGAAUCUGCCCAACCAGAAGAGCGCCAUGCUCUCGGCGAUCGCGACCGUUCUCAAGCUGACCGUCGUCAAGAGCGAGUCCGGCCUCAGGGCUCUCGAGCACAUACCGACGUUCGUGUCCAAAGAGAAAUUCCGACUGAAGCUUUUCCCGCAACGGAGCAAGAAACCUGUGAUGAUGUCCACGCUCGGUCACAGUUUCCAGGGUCAGCACUACAACCGCGUGACCGGCUGCAGCGUCUGUCAGGAUAUCCUAUGGGGGGUCGGGGACCAAGGUCUACAGUGUUCGAACUGUGAGAUGAACAUCCACAAGCAGUGCUUUAAGAGCGUCGACGAGAACUGCGUCGGCGAGGGCACCCGAGCCAAGAAACCGGCGAGACGACCCACGAACAUGUUCCGGAGUCACGACAACGACUCGGCUACGGAUCUCGACAAACUCUCGGCCGGCUCGGCUCCACUGUCGGCGAACAAACCCGUUGUCCGAUCGGAGAGUUUCCGCCAGCGGCGCGAGAACCGAAACUCGUACCGGAAACGCUCCGAUCCGAAUAUACCCCGCUCGAAGUCCGACGUCGCCGACGACAGACCCAACGUCGGCAAGACCGCCUACUCCGACAGUGAUAUGGAUUGUGAGGACGAACUACCCAAAUGGGCAGACCUUGUCGACUUCGAAACGGUUCGUCUCAUGAAGCCAAAAGAGAAGAAGCGCCAGGAAGUACUCAACGAACUGUUCCACACGGAGCGGCUACACGUCCGAAAAUUGAAAAUUCUCAACUCCGUCUACUACAAGCCGCUCGUCAAGCUGCUCGACCAGUCGCUGCUCGAUAAACUCUUCCCGAACCUCCAGGAGCUGAUCAACAUCCACUCGGGCCUGAACGUCGAGAUGAAAGCCAAACGUAAAGCGGAACCGGUUAUCGGCAACGUGGGCAAAGUCAUGCUGGAUUUCUUCACGGGGGAGGGGGGCGCGAACCUCGAGGUCGCGAUUGCGACUUUCUGCAAGGAUCAAACGACGGCGCUCGAGGAACUCAAAGCCAAACAGAAGAAAGACCCGAAACUGCAGCAGUUCCUCGCCGAAGCGUCGAUGAAGAAGGAGUGCGCCAAACUCCAUCUCAAAGAAAUCAUUGCCACUUCGCAUCAGAGACUGACCAAGUACCCGAUGCUCCUCGACCAGGUCCUCAAGUACACCCAGCCGGGCGAGGAGUACGACCAAAUAUUCACGGCGCGCGAAAACUCCAAGAGGAUUCUGGCCAAAGUCAACAGGACCAUCGGUGAGAUCGCCAACCAGAACCGAGUUCGCGACGUCGAGAAGCACCUCGAGGUCUGGCCGCCGAAGGAGAAGGAAGCCGUGAACGAGAGCCGCUUCAAAGAGGAGAAGAAAACCGACGGCGAGAGCGGCAGCAAAAAGAAACAGCAGAAACACGCCGAACACCACGUCGUUCAUCCGCUGUUUUCCGAACCGACCCUGUCCAAGCACAAACUCAUCCACGAAGGAGUCCUGGAGUGGAAGCUCACGAAGCAGAAAACGAUCGACAUCACCGCGAUGCUGUUCGAUGAUUUCCUCGUUCUGCUCCAGAAACAGGACGAAAAAUACCAUCUCCGAUACCAUCAGAUCUACAUUUCGGACGACAAGCGAGUCACCUAUCCACCAGUCAUCGAUGUGCCCCGACAGGACUACAAGAAUUCGAUCGCGGUCAGAGACGUCGCCACCAACAAAUUGGGAUUUUUCCUCGUCACGUUGAAACAGCAUUCAAUUUACGAGUUCGUGGCAAAGUCCGUCAGCGACAAGAACAAAUGGCUCGACAAGAUCCAGAACCUCGAGAAGUACCUCCGCGAGGAAGACGUCGAAGACGUUCCCCUCAUAGUCACCCCGUCGACAGCUUCGGCCACCGAGGAGCCGAAGGACGCUUCGAAACCAAUUAUCCGUCGGCCCGAGGAAGAUCGGGUCUAUCAGAUUCUCAAGGAAGAUUCGUUGCUCGAAUUCAAAGCUGCGGUCACGGUGGAACCGCCCGUAACGCAGUCGUUGGAAACGGCGCAACAAGUCGCCACGCUACCCGCGCAGCUGCAGAAAAUCGACGAGGAAAUUUUCCGCCUCAUGAACGAAAAGUACAUCCGAGUGGCCAAGAUGAUGGGUCUGCCCAGCGAGCAGACUCUGCUGGAGAUUUCCGCGAGGCAAACUCCGGACGACGAUCACGCCGCUCGAGACCCGCUGGGUCUUAUCGUCAACGUGAUCAGUUCGACCCGUGAACUUCAAACUCUCAUCAGUGAAGCGCUGAAAGCCCCAGCUGCUGCCGUCUCCGAAACGAGUGACACACCACCUCCCGAUAACCAAAGAAUGUUCCCUGGUACGUGUUGCGCAAACGCGCCGCACAAGCCGAGUAUUCCGGCUCACGAGGCGCUCACUAUCUGCCGUCGAUUGAACGCGAGCUGCAUGGCCCUCAGUCAAGUCGUGGGCAUGUUCGACACGAAGGGCAUUUUCGCCUCGACGACCGAAACGGAUUCGAUCGCCGGCCACGUCGAUCGGCUGACGAGCGCCAUCGACAACGCCACCCUAGUCGACAACGACGAUUCUGAUCCUCUGUACGUGAAUCUGAGCCCUAACAACAACCCGGAAGAUAUCAGUCCCGCAGCGACCUCAGCCAUCGUCGUCGUCGCCGCCGACGACGAGUCGAACAACAACGCCGCCGCGGCCGAGAUUCCCGAAUGA